AUGAAAGGCACACGUCUAGUCAUCGGAUUAGACUAUGGUACGACAUACACCGGAUUGUCGUUUUGUGAGACAUCCGGAGAUACCGACUUGAAAAAUGAGCUCAUCGAGAUUGUCCACGACUGGCCAUCGGCACACUCCAAGAUAGCGACGAAGGAGAAGGUCCCCAGCGAGGUCACAUACCAGCCUGAAGGCUUGGUUUGGGGAUCUUUGAUUCCGCCGAAUGUUCAGAGACAUAUCUGGACAAAGCUCGAGCUCGAAAACCACCCGAAUGGAGAGGCAGCCAAGCAAGAUACUAAGUCAUCGUCGUCGAUUGUCCUGUACAAACCACCGGUCGAUAUAAUCGCUGAUUUUCUUGGCCAAGUGAAAGCGCAUCUGAUAGGAGUUCUCGACCGCAAGUAUGGGGAGAAUCUCUGGCGGACUCUUCCUGUCACACUCGUCGUUACGAUGCCAGCGGUAUGGUCGGAUGGUGCUAAGGCUCGCACUCGUCAGGCUGUCGACAAGGCUGGCUUCAACGUAGCCCAAUUUCCCCAGUUGACUCAUAUCAUCAACGCGACAGAACCGGAGUCUGCAGCUAUCUACACUAUCCGCACAUUGAGAAAUACUGCCCAUGAUACGCAAUUUGCCACCGGGGAUGGCUUUAUCCUAUGCGAUUUAGGAGGUGGCACGGCGGAUUUGAUUUCGUACAAGGUUGCGAGAUUGAGUCCUACUGUCGUUGAGGAGAUCACAGUCGGAAGUGGCGAUCAGUGCGGCGGCACCUUCGUUGAUCGUGCUUUCUUGCAGUGGUUGGAACGUCGGCUGGGCACUGAGGACUUUGUGAAAAUCGCCGGCUGUCGCAGUGAGCAGAUUCCUCGCACCAUGCUAUCCAACAAGGCUGCUCGAAUGUUGCAGAAUUUCACACUCGAAGUCAAAGGUGGGUUUUCAGGAACAGAGAGCUACACUCUGCAGCUGCCAAGUCCUCUGAGCGCCAUCGAAGAUGAUGAGGUGAGAGGCAUCGAGGAUGGAGAGAUCCGCAUCACAUCCAACGAUCUUAUCUCAAUGUUUGAGAUGCCCAUCCGCAGAACUUACGAGCUCCUUACCAAGCAGCUGAAGGAAGCGCGGAAAGCGAAAAAAGUACAUGUUAAGUACGUCUUCCUUGUCGGAGGUUUUUCAGAGUCUGCGUACAUGUAUCGCAAGAUCAAGGAGUGGGCCGAAGAUAACGGCUUGAAAGCUUUAAGGCCUUCUUAUGCUUGGUCCGCUGUUGCUCGAGGCGCUGUUGCCAAGGGCCUUGAGGGAGACACUCAGGUAGUGGCAGCACGCAAAAACCGUCGGCACUAUGGCACCGUUUCAAGUAAGAUUUUCAUCAGCGGUAUCCACAGAGAAACGGAGGCUGCCAUCUGCCCAUACACUGGUGUAAAGCGCGCUCACAGCCAGAUGAAUUGGCUUCUGAAGCAAGGCCAAACCCUCCCUACAUCCGGUCCGGCGCACGCUAAGAUCUCGAUGAGCACACUUUUCUGGCUCACACAAGAAAGAACAAGUACACUUCGACUUGAGGCUUCGAACCGAGCAAGAGCUCCCAAACGCUCGGUAGAUGCUGGUGUCUACAGGGUCGCUAAGGCCACAGUCGACCUGAGUAAGGUUCCUGAGAAGGCAUUUUUGAAGAAGAUGAGCCCCAUCGGUAGGCCCUACGUUCAGCUGAACUAUGAGAUCGAGCUCUUCGUCCAGUCUUCCCUGGAGAUGUACCUUUCAGUCGACGGUAAAAGGUAUGGAGAACUGACUGCUGCUUUCGACUAAGCAAGGUAUUUUGCUGAUUUGACCAGAUGGCAAUCUAAAUGAUUUGGCUUGAGGCCACAAGCAUCAGCAUGUCCGCUGAGUAUGCUAGCACUGGUGCUUUUUUGCGUUCGAUUUAUCAAGAUGCAGGUACUGAUUGGAAGGCUGGAAUGUGG